AUAGCGUUUGCAGCGCUUCGUCUGUACGACGAGUUGCACUAUGCACUAGUCCCAGUCGCGUAGAAUCUCGGAGGUGCGUCGCGGACCAAUCUGUUACAAUUUGAUCUACACUGCCUCCUGCUGCGAUCGGUGCUGUGUUCUCGUGUAACAUACUCAGCCGUCCAAAAGCAAGCAAACUAUCAAACACGCUCGUUGGACCAACCAAUCAGUCGCUGGAUCUCAUCACGACUCUGUCACGUUUCUCCGUCGCACUUUAACCUCAAUCGUUGUGUCGGUCGCACUUCCUCUCGCGACCUCUUCUCUUUCAUGUCCUCUCCCUCCAUUCGAUACAUUCUUCUUUCUUCUUCUCUGUCGUCACUGCCCUCUUCCUGUACGUUCCGCGCCGUUUGUCUCUUCCUUUCCCGCCCUCUCUCUUUCUCUAUGUGUGUCUCUUUCUCUCUCUUCCCCGCUUAAAAUCGACUUAGUACAUCGUGCGAUUUUACGUGCUUUCGUGUGUAUUACGGACAGCAUCGGAUAUCCAGGAUGCAGGCCAUCAAGUGUGUGGUCGUCGGUGAUGGUGCGGUGGGUAAAACGUGUUUAUUGAUAAGCUAUACCACUAAUGCAUUUCCCGGGGAGUACAUUCCAACGGUGUUUGAUAACUACUCCGCGAACGUGAUGGUUGAUGGGAAACCGAUUAAUCUUGGUCUAUGGGACACGGCGGGCCAGGAAGAUUACGACAGAUUACGUCCGCUGUCUUAUCCACAAACUGAUGUUUUUCUGAUUUGCUUUUCUUUGGUCAACCCGGCGAGUUUUGAGAAUGUGCGCGCCAAGUGGUAUCCUGAAGUACGUCAUCAUUGUCCUGCCACUCCGAUUAUUUUGGUUGGCACUAAGCUAGAUCUGCGCGAGGACAAGGAGACCAUCGAGCGUCUGAAAGACAAGAAAUUAGCCCCUAUUACUUACCCUCAGGGUUUGGCGAUGGCAAAAGAGAUCGGCGCUGUCAAAUACUUGGAAUGCUCUGCUUUGACGCAGAAAGGCUUGAAGACUGUUUUCGACGAAGCGAUACGCGCUGUGCUGUGCCCCGUUCUCCAAGUGAAGCCAAAGCGCAGAUGUUUCCUUCUAUAAUAUUAAAUGUAUCCCUCUUUGCACGUUGGUACUGGAAUGUGUUAAAAGUGUUUCAUCGUUUCUCAACUCCAAUGUACCAAGCACUAAUCGAAUCAAUCGAGUGAAUUGCCGAACUAUUUGGAACCCCAGUUGUAACCAGCCUACGUCAGCAAAGGGGCUGCAAACAUCUGCUAUAAGCGCACAAAUAAAACUGAUUCGGCAUAAAUUUCCAGCGAGCAAAACAAAAGAGGGUUCACACGCAGGAAAUCACGUAUUCAAAGUAUAAAUUCAUUUUUACGUGGCCUCCAACACAUCUUGAAGGAAAAAGAAAUCUAAUUGAGGUUUUUCGCCGUUUACGCGAGCAAAACUUCCAAUCCGAAUAGUCUGAUCACGUAAGGCUAUAAAUGCGAACCGAUUGGACGUCUUAAGCGAAGAGAAUAUAAAAGAAGCCAAAAUAACUAAACUAACCGCUGUACAGUAUACUAGAAGUACAUUAUUAAUAUUACAAUUAAUAAUUAUAUAAUGAAUGGUAAAAAAGAAAAAAGGAAAUAUUAUCAUGUAAUUGUAUAAGCGUCCAAACACACUGACUGUGUACUGAACAGUUUAAUCAAAGAGGAAAACCAUUUUAUGCUAUUUGUACAUUUUAGAUAGGACGCGUGUAGCUAACGCAUUUAAAAUGCGGGUAAAGGAGAAAAACACAAGUAGUUUUCCUUAUCGCGAAAGAUUUCAAUAUGUAUCAAGUUAUAAAUUCAGAGAGAAACGUGAGAGAGAGAGAAAGAGAGAAUAUUUUUUAGAGAUAUGUGCGUAGAAUACAUGGCAAAUACCUAUUUGGACGAUAUUCAUAUAGAUGUUUAUAAAUGUGAAUAACGAUAAACGAUAACUCCAUGCAUAUAUACAUUUCUCUAAGUACUUAUAGCAAUUAUAAGUUUUUUUUUUAUUUCAAACGUUUAAUGUAAUAUUAUUAUUGAAAACUUUGAUAAAGCUUCGCAACAUACUCAGAAAAAGAUUAAAUUUCUUCAAUUCAAAUAUUUGAGUACAUAAAAUAUUUGGACUGGAGAAAUUGAAAUAAUAUAAAAUUAGUGAACUGAAGUUUAAGUAUUUAUAUAUUUAAUUUGAAUUUGUAAAUAUUUGAACUGAAGAAAUUUAAAUACAUAAAUAAUUGAAAGUAUUUUUAUAUAUAUUUAACUUAAAUGCAUAAAUAUUUAAGUUAAAGAAAUUUAAAUAUAUAAAAUAUUUGAACUAAAAUUCAAAUAUUUGUAUACUUAACUUAAAAUACACGAAAUCUUUGGAUUGAAGAAAUCUAAUUACAUUGAAAAAAUUGAUCAAGUAACUACUUUUUUUUUCAGUGUAGAGUUGCUUUUACAAAGAGAAUUCAUCACAUAAUCUCUGAAAAACAUUGGUUUGUUAUGUUCGUAAAAGUCCUAGAUUUAUUUGAGAAAUUGUAUAUAAUCCAAUUAAAGACGUUAAAUGCGUAAUUGAAUGUUGUUCAAUGUUCACUUAUACUCAUCUUCUAUUUAAUUCCAUUAAAUGGUUUAACAAAAAUUUUGUUCUGAAGAUGAGUUUGUAAUUUUAAAAUAAUAAUUAAAUCAAUGCACAAAUUGAAAAAAUUUGAUAGCUAUAUUUUCAAAGCAAAAUUGGCGCCGCAUAAAGUUGCAUUACAUCCUUCUUCCACUAAAUUGGUUAAUAUUAACGUAAAUAUUACAUACUGUAAUUUGAGAGAGAGAGAGAGAGAGAGAGAGAGAAAAAAAUUAUUGGUAACUAAUUGUACAAGACUUGUAGAUGUAUGAGAUAUAAGUAUAGAUGUCGAAUCGAGUUUAAUGAUGUCUUUGCUUUGCGUUGUUUCGUUCACGAGUGUCGCGCGACAACGAUCUGUGAUCCGUGCGCACAAUGCGCUCACGUUCUUUUUGACAGGAAUUACUUCGACUUGUCAUCAAUUUGUGAAGAUAAAAUUGAAAAGAAAAACAUAAUGUAUAUGUAGAAAAAAACAGGAUACAACUAUCGAAGCAGAAGAUAUGCGGAUGUUUCUUGUGUUGUGCGAGAAAAUGAGAGACUGUUAUUAGUAUAGAAGAAAAAUGAGUACAAGAAGUGCGAAUGUAUGUGACGAGAGAAGAUGUGCUACAACAUAAACUGUACAUAAAUGCUGAACUUUAAAUGUAUUUCUACUUAUUACCACAUACGAUGUUACAUGCAUAUUGUAAAUGGUAAUGAGCCACAUAUGGGUAUUCGGCAACAUGUGGAAAAAAAUUUUAUUAAAGAGUGAUUCUAGAGAAUAGAAUAGACUAAGAUCGGAAAUAAUAAAACUGCGAUUGAAGUUUUGUUUUCUAAUUAUAAGUGUUUAAAUAUUUAUGUAAAAAGUGCGUAAAGCAUACAAAUAUUUAAACGUUGCGAUUAAAAAACGAAGUCUUCACCGAAUUUUGUUAUUCUUGAUUUUGCAGUUUUGAGUAUUUAAAUAUUCACCUAAAAAGUGCCUGAAGUGAAUAUUUAAAUAUUUAUAAUUAAAAGUAGUCUUAGUUAUUAUUUUGUUAUUCUUGAUUUUUGUCUUUAUCAUCUAGGAAAGCUCAAAUUACAUAUUUCGGCCAAUUUUUAACUUUACGGUUUUCCCUUACCUUAUUAUUUCACGCGCAAUCUUAGUAAAUGUCAACACUUGAUAAUGAACUGCACGCGAAGUAAUAAAGUAAGGAGGGAGUAUCAAGUUGAAAAUCAGUCAAAAUGUGCAGUUUGUGCCGAGAUCUAGUCUAGAAUCACUUUUUAAUUUUUUUCUCAUUGUUGAUCAUCCUAUAUACAAACACGAAUAUACCCACAUAGUCGCGCGCCCGCAUGAACGCAUCCGUACACACCCAGAAUACACACACAUACACACACGCACGCACGCGCGCGCACACACACACACAACAUAAAUCGCUAAUCGAAUCUAAAUCGUUAUUUGUUUUUUAUAUAUAUAUUAUAAAUAUAUAUAAAGUAAAACACGGAGGGGAGAAGCUGGACCAAGACCUAACUAGAGACUCAAUCGUUGCCAGAUCCAUACCAAUCUCUGUGCAAUCUGUUUGAGAAAAAAUGAAGAUUUGGUCCAUAAAAAAGAAUCACAAAACCUAUUGUAAUUAAAUAUGCUUUAUUAAAUGGAUGUUUAUUAAAUAUUCGGCUAAUUCCUUGUCGAGAAAAAUUAAGAGCCGGUACGAUCCAUGCGGCACAGAAGGAUGACAAAAACAUUACAAAAAUAUUUCCUUACAGAUGUGUAAUCUUCAAAACUCUUGGAAUUGUCAAAACUUAAUAAAAGGACUACUGAGA